GCUUAAGUUAGGUAGCUUAGGUAACUUUCCGGCGAUUUCGAUUUCACUAAAUCAACCAUCAACUAAACAUAUCACUUUUCUUUCUCGCAGACAUUAGAAAUUCGUGUUCGGGCCAACUGUUGAUUGAUUCAGAAGGCAAACGUUUCUAAAUGCAUUCUGGUCAUUUAUUCUUGUUUCCUUGACCUUCGCCGUCCUUUACCCCUCUCACCUUUUUCGCCAUGAGCCUCACCCAUUUGUCAUGGCAUCUUUUUCUUCUUCCACAGUGGUCUCAACUUUAACGCGGCCACGCGUGGCCAUUGUUGUGGUUUCUACUAUCACUGCAGCUUCUCUAGGUUAUUAUUAUUACUUUCAUGCUCGUCAUGGGUAUUCAGGUUCCGAUCUCUCGUCGACGGGUCCCGGCUUGCAUCGUAGAAACGCCGUAAGACGAUCUCGUCGAGCAUCGCAUCGCCGUGACGAUUCAUCUGACACCGAUUCUCAUGGCGACGAGAAUGCCGAAACACCCGACACAAUCCCUACCAUAGAAGCUCUCCCUCACAUCGACGACCGAAAUCCCGAAGAAUGGUAUAACGAUAAUAACCAAGCCCCGCGUCAGCGCACCGGCGAAAAUAUAGUCUCCUUACUAUUUCGCGUAUCCGAAGAUAAUGCUAGGCGCAACGCGUACGUCCACCGUGGUUGCCAAUGUAAUAGUUGCGCUAUGGUACCUAUCCGUGGCAUUCGAUACCGUUGUGCCAAUUGUGCCGACUUCGAUCUUUGCGAGGUAUGCGAAUCACAAGGUCUACACAAUAAAACCCACGUCUUCUAUAAAGUCAGAGUACCCGCCCCGCCCUUUGGAACGCGAAAUGUCCAACCAGUUUGGUAUCCAGGCGAUCCCGAUAGUUCUCCACGUAACCUACCUCGACCAUUACUCCUCAAAUGGUCUCAAGAAACGGGAUUCGAACGCGUUGAACUAGAUGCUUUCUGGGAGCAAUGGACAUUUAUGGCGAAUACCGAAUGGAGGGAUGACCCCAAUAAUCUGGGUUUAGCUAUGGAUCGUAAGACUUUUGAGCGCUGCCUUGUUCCAUCUGGUGGUUAUCGACAUGCGGCACCUAAUCUUAUUCACGACCGCAUGUUUGCAUUCUACGAUACCAACCACGACGACCUAAUUGGAUUUGAAGAAUUCUUACAUGGCGUUACCUAUCGGAAGAGGAGGGAUAAACUUCGAAGGACCUUUGAGGGCUACGACAUUGACGGCGAUGGCUAUGUGAGUCGACGAGAUUUCCUGCGUAUGUUCAGAGCCUACUAUGUGCUCUAUAAGCAGAUGCAUAAGGAUAUUCUCGAUGGCCUUGACGAUCAUAUGAUGACAACUACAGAAGCUCAACAACUUAUCAACGGAAGACAACCCCUGAGCAGUCUUUUUGGAAGGGAGGGCAGAGUUCCUCCCGCCGACCAUUUGAGACCGAUGGAGGGCAAAAUAUUCCGAUCGAAUGGAGAUGUUGAAGUCAAUGAUAAUAAAGGUGUUGUUAAUGAGGAUAAGCCGGAUACAUCUGAUCGCGAGGGGAUUUUAAGAAAUUUGUUUUCAUCAAGCCGCAGCCAGAGCGCAUUCACUGAAUCGUUUGGGUCUGGUUCUAGAAGGAAUCGAUCCCCCAAUGACGGAGAGACUCGCUAUUGGUCCGGUAUUAUCAACCCUCCUCAUAAUACAGUCGAUUUAGCCUCACUACUCCAGGGUCACUACCCACCAAUUGACGAUAUAAUAGAGGCUUUACAUGAUCAUCAUAGUCGUCCAGCAACCGAUGUUUCAGGCGGUUCUUCCGAUGAAGAUGGACAAAGCGAACCCGAAGCCGCAGAUGAAGGUGCCGAGGCAUCUGAAGAUGACGAACAACCUGAACAGAAUGGAACGAGCGAGACUACAGAGUCAGCUCUUACCAGAGCUAUCCCCGAUGCUAGCAGAUUUACUAGUACCCUACCAACCGAGAGCCAGCUUAGAGUCCAACACCAAGCUAUCGUAGCAAAUGGUCGCCGCUUAGGUGUUAAUAGGCAAAAGAAGGUAAAUGCCAGGAGGUUACUUCUUGACAGAUGGAAACGACGUCACUUCUAUCUAGAUGAAGAAGAAGGUGCUCAACCUCCUCAAGGAUGGAACGAGGACCAGGAUGUAUUAUUAAACCUGAACGGCAUCGCUGACUCGUCUAAAUCUGCGCCGCACUUCCUAUCCCCACGAUCAAGAUCGUCUUCUAAAGUGCGAUUCGCUGAAGAUGAUGAUUUGGAAACCAGGUCUAAUGUGUCCACAUCUUCGCGAAGUGUGCCGGAGAGGUGGGGUGGAAUGGAAAUCCCCGAUGCGGAGCGAGAUGCUGGAAAAGAGAUUCUCUACCAAGUUACGCAACAAGCUUUUAACGAGCUAUUAGACGAGAUUUUUCAAAAGAAGGAAGAUCUCGCUAUCGAAGCCGCCGAAACUAAGGAACUACGCGAAAAAUACCGAGCGCUUGUAGAUACGAUCGACUUGGAGGAAGAGGAAGAACGAAAGCAAGAAGCAGAAGAAUCUAGAGACCAAUCGCGCGAACGUCGUAGUCAUCAUCAUCACACACAUCAUCAUACACAUACUCUGGACGACAACCGAUCCGCCCGAGACCGCAGUUUAGACGAACUAUUAACGAUUGCUGGCUACACUACGGACGAUCUUCCGGAUUUGGAGCCUUUAGAAUCUUCAUCCCCAGAGGUACAGGAUUUUAUUCCCAAGACACAGGUCAAUGGAGAUGAAACGGCUCCAGAAGAAGAAUCAGAAUAUCGUGACCCUACUCUACCUCAAAAUCGGCCCAACAGUACAAAUGAGAUACCACGAAACAACUCUUCAGUAAAAGCAAAGAAUGGCCAACCCAAAGAAACUAUCAGCCGUGCCGGACCAUCUAAUGAACAACGAACUAAGGCGAAAGUCCCCCAGCCUGAUUCACCACCCGAGAUACCUCAUUCUACAUUAGUGGAAUGGAAGCGCAUCAAUCUUGCAGAACAGGAAGCUCGGGAAAGAGGAGGAUGGGGCAGACUCAGUUAUAGGGAAUUCGAGAAUAUCUAUCGAGAUCACGAAUUCCAGGACAGUGGCCGCAAUAGGUUGGAUUACCUAGGAAGUUGGAUCGAUUUCUGUAUCCCUUAGGUUCGGUUACCGGAUCGUACUCCAUGGCUGCUGGCAUAAUAUAAGCCUCACGAGACCCGUGAAAAGUUACGACAGGCAUAGGGCAUUGUGUCACGGUGUUGACGAAAAUGUAUAUUGAUUAGGUACCUAGCUAGGUACUUAAUGCCUCUUAUUGACGUGAGAUAUGAAUAGAGGCAUUAUGAUAUAUUGAAUUAUGAGUUGGUGUGAUUGUAUUAAUUGACAUUCGGUUUCUUGCACAGGAGCAUGGUCUCAUCGUAUUGACGUAAGUGCCGUCACCUCUCAACGUUGGUGUGAUGGUGAUGGGUGGUGGGAUAAUAAUAUCGUGUUACAAGUAUAAGAUAAUUGAGCUUAGGUCGGGCCGUUAUUGAACCUGCCCCUAUUCCCAUCCCAGACACUUACUCAAAUUUGUAGUCAUGAAGAAUAGAAUGUGGCGAACAAUCAGCUGAAUACGUCAG